GUUAAAAACUGCGGGCACCGGCUGGGUGCUGCAACUGGAGGCGGCUGCGCAUCCGGAGGGAGCAACGGCAGAGGACAGGAUCCCAGAUCCUGGACUAAGCACUGGACACCAUGAACCCCACCAUUGGCAUUGUUCUCCUGCUGACAGUCUUGCAGGUGGCCUGUGGGCAGAAGGUAACCAGCCUGACGGCCUGCCUGGUGAACCAGAGCCUUCGUCUGGACUGCCGCCAUGAUAAUACAACCAACUUGCCCAUCCUAUACGAGUUCAGCAUGACCCGGGAGACAAAGAAGCACGUGCUGUUUGGCACAGUGGGGGUGCCUGAGCAUGCGUACCGCUCCCGAACUAACUUCACCAGCAAGUACAACAUCAAGGUCCUCUACUUGAACGGCUUUACCAACAAGGACGAGGGGACCUAUACGUGCGAACUCCGCCUCUCUGGCCAGCCUCUCACCAUCUCCAACAGGAAUGUCUCAGUGCUCAGAGACAAACUGGUCAAGUGCAAGGGCAUAAGCCUGCUGGCCCAGAACACCUCGUGGCUGCUGCUGUUCCUGUUCUCCUUGCCCCUUCUGCAUGCCAUGGAUUUCAUCUCCCUGUGACUGGCUGGGCCCACGGAGGACACGGGAAGCCGCAUGGCCCAGUCCAGAGAUCCUACUUCUCUGAGUCAGUUGACCCCCUUCCCCCAAUCCUUCACACACUUCCGGGAGACCUGGGGACCCUGGCCCUCAUAAGGAAUCCCGGUGUUGCAUGCCAUUAUCCACCCACACCCCCUUGCCAACCCCACUACCACCUCCCACCUUCUCCGCACGCCACUGGCUGUCUUUUUGUACUGUUCCAGAGCUGCUUCUAUAUGGUUUAUUUAGGGGUUAUCCUUCCUUUCUUUGGGAGUUUGUGAAAAGGGAAGCCAGGGUCGGGGAACUGAUGGAGAGUAAGGGCAUGGAAGGGAUAGUAGAGUGAAGGGGUACCAGUCCUGGAGGGUCAUCCUUGCCCACCAGGACCAGAUAAAGGACAGACCUAGAUGAAGAGGGAGGUGGAGGUGUCUGAGCACAGCACAUCCCUCAGCAGGUGGGAGUGGUGCUGAAGACCCAGAUAUAAGGGUCCCAUCAAGCAUCUAUGGCCAUCGUGUAAGGAGGGAACUGAGCAUCUCUAGAGCAUUCUCAGCCCCAGCCAAAAGCUGUCCCGUUACCACUGCAGGGUCCCCUGGAGACCUUGGGUCAGGGGCCCAGUCCAGUGAAAACACAGACUCUAGUGCUAAUGGAGGACUGGAAAGGGGCUACAAGUGGGAGUCAGCACGCCCCCCUACUGUCCCACACUAGCUCAACCAGCAGUUGAGAGGAGGACAGAGUAGGUCAAGCCCCCUCCCCACCCAGGCUGUCCGAGCUUCUAAAAGCUCUGGGAACUGACUGAAGGCAGUAAGUCAGGCCGGGUGGAGCCAGACCCAGAGUUUGGCCAGUGUUUCAGGGAGAGGCCCUUCCCUGCCUCCCAACAGUGUCAGCUGUUUGGAGCUGGGAUCUCAGCCCUCAAGCCCUACCCCACAGACCUGCUUUCUCAAGGGCCGGGGGACACAGGGGGGCAAGGCCAUGGGUGACAGGUAUGGGGGACCUGCCUUGGGAGACGGCUUUUCCCAGCACCCAGCUCCCCGCCCAGUGGCUCUGCCCCGCCCCGUGACUGCGUGUAGUGCCACACAGCUUAUGGCAUCUCAUCGAGGAAGAAAACUGCACAAUAAAAAUCAGCCUCUGGAAUCUGUC